GCGGUGACAGCAAGGACCACCAGAGAGUUGGAGGAGCGCAGACGCAAGCCUCAGUUCUCGACAUGGAAAUGCACGCUAAACUCGUGCUGCCCAUCGUGAUCAUCUCCGCGCUGGUGGCUUGCAGUCCGACGCAGGCAUGGUACAAGCAGGUGGCUGGCCCGAGCUACUACUCGGUGGGCAGGGCGUCCGGGUUGCUGUCCGGUAUCCGCAGAUCCCCGUACACCCGGAGAGCCGAGCUGGACUCGUCAGACAGCGACGAGCUGGCGACCAACAGCGUGUUCCCCGAACUCACUCAGAACAAUUUCAUCCUGAAGACGAUGCCUGUUUGCAUCAAAGACAUCACACCUGACCUGCAGAGCUGUGAACUCUUCCAGGAGAGCAAGGGAUCCUUUAAGUGCAAAGCGGACGUCCUCCUCACUCUGGACUCCGCAGACUGUGCAGGAGACUGAGGCUGACAUCUGGGCCAGGGAUUAUAAAACUGUACAUCUCUCACUUUUAGAGUUAGCUUAGUUUGACACCUUUUUGCAUUAGAUUGAAGACAUGCUAAUUUCCAUGUACCAUUUCACUUAUUUAUUAUACAAGUCUUUAAAACAUUAAGCUGUAAAAGUUAUGUAUUAAUGUACAUUUUUGAUCUGAGAUUUCAUUAAUAAAUUAAUCAUACUGCAGCCAUGUGUUGAAAUUACUGAAUGCAAAACAAAUCAGAACGUAAUUAUCUUUUUCCUUCUCAUUUACAAGAAAUGUCUUACAUUCUGUAUAAUCAGCACAAUAAUUGUGGUCAUGAAUUCAAUUUAGAGGGAUUAAA